AUGUCCCUCCUGGGCACCAUCCAUGGCUUCUACCUCAGGGCGCUCGCCAUGCUGCCAAGCUAUGCCGCGCGCCACCAUGUACGCGGCAUCCUCCUCGCCGGCCACUGCUACGGCCCUAUGGACCCUGUCUCCAACAUCAUCCUGAGCACCGUCUGGUAUGACGCGAACUUCCCGCUCCCCGUGGCUGAUCGUGGGAUGCAGGCGCACGACAUCCUUGACACCCUCACCAUGCUCAGGGUGGUCACUAGCUCCCUGCACGGCCUCAUAGCUCUCCUGCACGCCAACUCCGGCAAGCAUCUGCCGUUGCACGAGAUCUUGAAGUACCUCUGCUACAGGAAGUGCGACUUGGCCACAAUGUUACAGCCACAUCUACACCGGAGCUCUCCCAACCCUUUUGCCAGCGCCGCCGCUGCUGCUCGUCACCCGCAAGCGUCCGCUUGGGCAACAUUUCUUUCAUCAUUGGCACCGACGAAGCUAGACCAGAUACGGUCCUCGAUGAUUAGUGCCACUGCCAACAACACUGCGCUUUCUUACGAGUCUUUGACCCAGAUAUACAACAUCCUCAGAGAGGAAACCCGGACGGCGAUGAUUCUGCCGGCUCCCAGACUCUGUCGGACGGCGGUGAGCAUUCUCACAAGAAAGAGGGAGGCCUAUGCUCACCAGCAGAGCUUCAUUCGCGGUAGGAUUGAACAGUUACUGCUGGAAUACGCGCGUCGCCAUCCUUCAGAAACAAAAUAUGAUCUGGAUUUUAUAUGCGGUGUAGCCGUAACAGUAACCGGUCACCAGGAUCAAUGCUACCAUGUCAAUUUCAUGGCAGCUACCAAAUCGACAUCCAAGAACACACUUUUCUUUGCCGAGUUUUGGUGGGCAUAUCAAGAUCAGUCAAAGCCUUCCGUAUGCUGCCCUCUGCCCCAACCGUAUACCAUGGGUCGUUGCUACUACGGCCAGGAGUCUGCUCGUAAGCUCGCCUAUCCGGAUGACUCCAUCGACUAUUUCUCACACGACAUUACUCAUGGCGGACUAGAUGACACGGAAGGCAUACUAGACACGGACUUUUUGUACUUCGACUCCGAGAGGGACGUCGAACUUGCCAAGGUCUUGCAGAGGAUGGGCAAGAAAGAAGAGGUCAUGCAAAGGUCCUCUACUGGAAGGCGUGCUGAAUGGACCGCCGGUGUUCCUCUGUGUUAG